UGAUCGCUGCUGUGCACUGUUUGGCUGGAGUAGGGCCAUCAUGCACUGCAUUUGUUGCAAAUGUGGCAUGCGCGAUACUGAAAACAUCAACUCAACAAUAUGCUUGACCAAUUCUGGAUCUCGCGAGUAUCAUUGCUUUUGUUGUGCUCAGCCGCCACGCAAAAAAUGCAUCAAUUGUAAUAUGUGGCAUGACCUUGAGCCUAUGGAAACACAUGGUCCCUGCAUUAGCGGAGCGCUGCAUGUAUUUGUUUACUCGGAGCCGUGGCCACCGUUUCCAAAUACCACGCCCCUGCUUCCGCUGCGUGCCAUGCCCAUUGAGGAGGGCAAUCAUAUGAAUAUACACGAGUCGCCGGUCCAGUCGAAGCAUAGGCAUUGUGAUGAGGAGCCACAGUCGCACGAGCUUUUGGAGCAGAGCAACAACAGUCAUUCGGAUAAUGAGACUAUAAAUCUUAUUGAUGACGAUGAGCCGAUGAGCGAAGAGCAGCAACCAAUAGAAGACACCGCCGAUGUCGAUAUCAAGCCAAAAUUAAAACCGCUCUGGGUAUCCAUAGCAGAUAUACAGCGAUGGACGCACUGCUAUCGCUGUGGCCUGGUACGCAUAAAGAGAAGUGGCUGGCUACGGCAUGCCCAGUUGUGUGCUCAAGAUUCUAAAUACGCGUCGAGAAAGUUCUUCAUAUAUCUGCAUUCAAAGGCGUGGUGUGGUGCUCUGGUUCACGACAUCUUUUGGGAGAAGCACAGCAAUCCCGAGAAUGGAACAUGUUCCAUUUGCCGGCGAAGCCGGUGGAAUAACGUGCCUUUGCCUUAUCAGCCAAAGCCGCCUCCCCGUAAGAACGGGGCCACAUUGGAGAAGCAACGACGCAGUCGAAUGAUUAAGCAACGUAAGAAACGCAGGCAAACGAUUACCAAUGAAACGGACCAACCAUUGCGAAUUGUUAACUGUAACUUGUAACGUUAAGCAGUUGGGCAGUUUAACUGCCGUUUAGCAUACCAAAUUUCCACUACGUGGAGUACUUUUAGCAACUGCAACCAAAUGUGCAUUAUGCAAGCUUUGCAGCAUACUUAAAUAUG